AUGUUGUUAGAAGAGGCCGAAGACUGGUGGAAUAAUGUGCGACAAAGGCUAGAGGUUAUUGGUACUGAGUUGGUGAAGUUUUGUCCACACUACAAUGAUGCGAGUGCUAAGGGGUCAAAGUGCAUCAAGUUUGAAAGCGAACUGCAUCCUGAGAUCAAGCAAGGUAUUGGUUAUCAGGAGAUUCGUCGAUUUGCGACACUGGUGAAUAAGUGUAGGACAUAUAAUGAUGAUAUCAGGGGCCUUUUUGCUCACUAUAAGAGUCUUAAUGAGAAGAAAGGGAACAACCAGUAUCGUGGAAACCAUAUAGUGCUCCAACUGAAAAAGGGAAGCAGAAGGUCUCAGAUGAGAAAAGUCCAAGUAGGGGAGAGACUCCCGCUUUUAUCAAGUUCUUUAAUUGUGGUGUCACGGGUCAUCGUGCCAAUGAGUGCAAGAAAUUCUGAGAAGAGAUGCUCCAAAUAUGGAAAGACUGGACAUCUUACUGCUGAUUGUAAGAGUAAUAGUCUUACGUGCUUCAACUGUAGGGAGCCAGAUCAUAUUAGCACUCAUUUCCAGAAACCCAAGAAGGUGCAGUUUGGAGGGAAGGUCUUUGCUUUGAAUGGGUCAGAGAUUACUAGCUCAGAAAAAUUAAUUCGAGGGACUUGUUCUAUUAAUGGUAUUUUGCCGAUCGCUAUUAUUGACACAUGUGCAACGCAUUCUUUUAUUUCUCUUGAGUGUGCUGAGAGGUUGGAUCUAAAGUUGUCUUCUAUGGUUGAGAGUAUGGUUAUUGAUACCCCAACUAAUGGUUCGGUGACUACGUCGUGGGUGUAUUUGAAGUGUUCGUUGACUAUUUAUAGUAUGAGUUUUGGGAUGGACCUAGUCUGUCUACCAUUGGAUAAACUCGAUGUUAUCCUUGGAAUGAACUCGUUGGAGUUCAACCAUGUUCAUAUCAACUAUUUCAACAAGUCGGCGUCGUUCCUAGAGUUUGAUGCAAGUGACGACUUAUUUGUGUUUGCCAAGAAAGUACAUGAGUUCAUGAAGGAUGAGGUUGUGUUGUUUAUGAUAUUAGCUUCUAUGAAGGCUGAAAGCAAAGAUGAUAUCAGUGAUUUGUCACCGGUGUGUGAGGUUGAGUUCACCAUAGACUUAGUACUUGGUACUAGUCCUGUGUCGAUGGAUCCGUAUAGGAUGUCUGCUUCAAAGUUGAGUGAACUGAAGAAGAAAUUGGAAGAGUUGCUUGAUAAGAAGUUUUUUGCGAAAUCGCAAUCUUCAAUGAGCGAAUAA